AUGGGUUUAAAAUGUACCAAUUACUUUGAGAAUUCAAAGUAUGAUUCUCCUAAUAUUCAGAUCAUUACUUGUAAAGGAUGUUCUUCUCAUUUAUGUUUAUCAGAUUUGAUAUUAUCAGACAAUUUCAAUGGAGCCAGUGGUCCUGCGUAUUUAGUUGAUAAUUUGAUCAAUAUUGAAUUCAAUUUAAAUCCAGAAAAGACUGAAAUGAAAACUGGUGUUUAUCUAAUUAAUAAAAUCAAAUGUCAUCAAUGUAAGAAUCCAUUAGGUUGGUAUUAUAAGAAAUCAUAUUCAUAUUCAGAAACUUAUAAAGAAGGGAAAUUUGUUAUUGAAAAGAGUUAUAUAAAUUUUAUUGAAAAUUUAACAACUACUCAACUAUUACUUGAAAGAGCAUUACAGAAUAAAUUUAGAAGAAGGUAUAGUUCAUCAUCUUCCUCAAAUUCUACUAUAUCCGAUUUGGAAAUUGAUAAAGAAGAUAAUAAUCAUUGCUCUUCUUCAUCUUAUAAUGAAUCAUCUUUUGCCACAAAAGAGAAAUUAAAACUUGCUAGUAGAAGAAGAUCCAGCAAUUCAAGUUUAAUGAAUCGUUUAAGAUUACCUUAUCGUAAUGAAGAGAAACAACAAGAUCAAGACAACGAUGAUGUUUUUGUUGAUGCUUAA